GGAAUAUGGUUUGACAUUCGAUGAACGUCAUUCGGCGAAAUUGUUUACAUGUUUGCUAAGGAUUGUAGCACAAAAUCACAAUUGCCGCUGGAAUUUAUUGAUUUAGUCAAGAUAAAAAUCGGUAAAGAUAAUGUCGACGCCAUCGGUGGAGCUCAGUUCAUAUCGUGACCAACAUUUUAAGGGUACACGCAACGAACAAGAGCGAUUGUUACGCGGUUCGGCCACCCUUUACAUUGGAAAUUUGUCAUUUUACACAACCGAAGAGCAAAUCCAUGAGCUAUUCUCACGAUGCGGUGAAAUUCGACGUAUUGUGAUGGGCUUAGAUAAAUUCAAGAAGACACCGUGUGGUUUCUGCUUCCUCGAAUAUUAUCUACGGAAUGAUGCCGAGAAUGCAAUGCGUUACAUAAAUGGUACACGUUUAGAUGAUCGAAUUGUGCGUGUCGAUUGGGAUGCCGGUUUCAUUGAGGGUCGUCAAUAUGGAAGGGGCAAAUCUGGCGGACAAGUUCGUGACGAAUACCGUACCGAUUUCGAUUCUGGUCGAGGUGGCUAUGGCAAGCUUGUGGCACCAAAAAUCGCGCCAAACACCAAUGAGGCCCGAUAAUCUUGGCCAUUCCAAAAUCGUCACACAUCUCUUUCUCUCGAAAAAAAGAACCCAUUAAAAUAUAAAAAUAUAAAUCAAUAGGCUUAAGUAUUCAAUAAUAAAAAGUGAAAUUUAUUUA